CGGCGGGCCGGGGCCGGCAUGGCGUGGCCCUGCAUCAGCCGCCUCUGCUGCCUGGCGCGGCGCUGGAACCAGCUCGACCGCUCAGACGUGGCGGUGCCUCUGACCCUGCACAACUACUCGGAUCUGGAGAGCGAGGAGCCGCGUCGGGGCGGUGCUGCCUCGCGUACGGGCGCGUCCCCCGCAGGCAUCCGGGACCCGGGCCGGGACGUGCCGCUUACUCAGUACCAGCGGGACUUCGGCGUGUGGCCCGCGCCCGCGAGGACCAGAGAUGCGACCCAGGGGCGCAGGCCAGGGGCGGGCGGCCGCAGGAGCAAGUCCCCCGCCUCGCCUGUCCGGGGGGUCUACGUGCUCCCCACCGGCGAUGCGGACGCGGCUGCAGCAGCGACCACGUCGUACAGACAGGAAUUCCAGGCCUGGACUGGGGCGAAGCCAUCAAGAUCCACGAAGGCAAACCCCACCACGGUUAUCACAACCCAGAGCUCCAGAUGGGACAGCAGCCCGGUCAGCUUCCAGGUGCCUGAGGCAAGGAGGAAGUUCACUCCUAACCCCUCAGCCAUUUUCCAGGCUCCGGCUCCCCAGAUCCUGCACGUGUGACAGACAGCCCAGCAGCGAGGCCGAUCCUGCACGUGUGAC